AAAUUAUCAGUUCUCUUUCUUUUCUUUGCUGGUAGAUUUUAAAGAAGAAUUGACCAAAACCGAGCAAUCAUGAAGAUUUACUUGAUGAUGUUUGCAGUUACUUUGUUGGUCGCUUAUGCGACCGCAGACAUGGAAAUGAAACGGGGUCCUCAUGAGAAUAUGGAGAAGCGAUCACCCCAAGAAGAUAUGAAACCUCUACCACCACUACCACCGAAAGAAAUGGGCCCUCCACCUCCACCACCACCAAAGGACAUGAAACGUUCAGCUGGCCCAGGUAAUUUUUCUUGUAUGUUAAUUAAACUCAAAAAAUCACUUCUAUCAUAUUUUUACAAUGAACCCCAAGACAUGGAACCUUAAGUCAGGGGAGAUCCGAUGUGAAGACAUGGGUCAACUACCAUCACUUCCAAGGGUAAUUCCUUAAUUUAUAUGCUUUUUAUUAAAAAUCAAAAAAAUUUUAUAAAGUCAAUAUUCAUCAUCAUUUUUGUUUGACAAAACUCAAAUUUUAAAUGGUCAGCUCAAAAAUAUACAAUAAUAGUAUAUAACGUGUGUUUUCAAAAUUUAAUAGCAAGGAAUGAAAUUCAUUUUAAAAAUUCAAUUUUAUUUAUUUCGUCCACUGAAGUUAAAUC